UUCCCUUCCCCCAGCACGCAGUAGUGGCAUGAGGACUGUGAGGCAACACAGUGUUCAGCAAGAACGCGGAUAAACGCCUGGCAAAGCAGCAGCGGGUAAAAAUAGAGCGUCAGACAGCUGCAGAGAGCACGCACAAGAGAUAAAAGGAAAGGUGACCGUUCUGCCUAGCAACACGCACAGCCGUGAAAGAUCUCUUCUCCGAGCACCAGCCGUCUCGAUUCGGGAGUGACCAACAUGUACGAGGAGGCGUCUUAAAAAAAAAAAAAAAAAAAACAACAGUCCACAUUCUCGGCUGCCUUUCGGACGGGAUCCGAAAGCACCGCCAGCUGGAAAGGAUGUGGAGGGGACAGUGGCACGAAUCGAGCUGCAGACAUGUGCCGGUAAAAACAAGGCACACCCAUGGUGAGCGUGGCGUUACCGCCGAGUGCCAGCAUCCGUGAUAAGAAGGUCUUUCAUCGCCUGAACGGACCAGAGCAGCAGAACCACCAUGCAGUGCAGGCGUCGGCAUUGCUACGCACGAAUAGCAGGAUUACUCACUUUGCUGGGAUGCGUCGUUCUGAUCAUCUUCAUUCAACGCAUCUGGCUAACGAGGGUGAAAAGCCGCGUCAUGGUCGAGCCGACCUUCAAGAAAGAAGCGGUAGCAGUAGCGACGCCGCCUCCUUCGCCGACGAGGUUCCUGGCAAACGGGACCCUUUUUUCUACUCAGCCGGUGUUCAGGACCUCGGUGGGAUCGAAUCGGAGUUUAGCCAAGGAAGAAAACGCGGAAAGCAUCCUUAAAGUAGAACCCUACAAGUACGUCAUCAACGAACCGGACAAGUGCAGGAAAAACAACACUUUCCUCGUGCUCCUGAUCCCGGUCGAGUCCCACAAUUCCGAAGCCAGGGACGCCAUAAGGAAGACGUGGGGCAACGAAAGCAUAGCUGAAGGAAUAGUACGCCUCUUUCUCUUGGGCGUGAAAAACGCGACGCGGGAUCCCGGGACGCGCGACCUUCAGCAGCGUUCCCUCAGGGCAGAAAGUCAACACCAUCAUGACAUGAUCCAGCAGGAUUACGUCGACUCCUACUACAACCUCACCAUCAAGACGCUGAUGGGGAUGCACUGGGUGUCGAGGUACUGUCCAACCGCCAAGUACGUUAUGAAAGUGGACAGCGAUAUGUUCGUCAACACCGAAUAUCUCAUCCAGAAACUCCUCAAAGCCAACAUUCCCAGGGAGAUGUACUUCACCGGGUACCUCAUGCGAGGCUACAAGCCCAACCGAAACAAGGACAGCAAAUGGUACAUGCCGCCAGAGCUGUACCCCAGCGGAAGUUACCCGACGUUUUGCUCGGGGACCGGGUACGUUUUCUCCGGGGACAUGGCAAAGAGGAUCUACGCCACUUCCCUGAGUAUACGCAGGCUGCACCUGGAAGACGUCUACGUGGGACUCUGUCUCUCGAAACUGAACAUAGAACCCAUGCUGCCGCCCAACGAGUUUCUUUUCAAUCACUGGAAGGUUUCUUAUUCCAGCUGCAAAUACAGCCAGCUCAUCACCUCGCACGAGUUCCGUCCGAGCGAGCUGCUCAAGUACUGGCAGCACCUUCAGAAAAACAAGGAUCGAGCCUGCAAAACGGUCAAAGGACAGACUGCGAAGAACACUAACGCGGGGUCGCCUCAUAGGGGCAAAACUGGGGUUCAUCCCCAGUCUCCAUGAAAGCGAGACGGUCAUUUUUAGGUUCAGUUGUCGGGGUUCCCACUCAGGUGACUGCUGGGGAUUCUUGUUCGUUACGUAAUCGGGCUGAAGGAUUUUUGGUAGAAAAUUGUGUUGCGUCACAAAAAAAAAAUCAUGAGGAUCCCCGAAUAUAAUUAAAUACUGUUUGUAAGUGCUCUUAUGUAAUCAUCCACAUUAUCUUCAGGAGAAAAAAAAAACAAAACACUUGUCGCAACCUGAUGAAAAACAAAAUAAACCUACUCUUCCGUCAGGACCGAGACGUACUGAUUCGAAGUUGUUACUGAAGAAGCUGUGAUGACACUUUUUAAUCGAGGUUUCGGGUCUGUUCUCAGCUUGACAUGUACAUCACACGUGAUAGUCACGCUGUCAUUUCUCAGUUGAGCUGAAGUGUGAUAUCCUCCGCCCUUUCCGUUAUCUACGAUGCAGUACAGUUCCAAGAACCGUGGCACGAAAUGUUUAAGAUCUCAUUUUUUUAAUUACCAUUUCAUUUUUAAAAAGGUUUUUCUAUGCACCCCGAAGU